AUGUGGAAGAUAACCUGGCUGGUUUAUUAUGUUACAAGUUUAGCAUCUUUUCCAAUGUUCUGUGCCUAUUUAUUAAUGAUAGCUUUAUCUGGAUUAUGGCAGAAACACACUUCACCAUUAAACCUUAGACCUAUUUUAGUUAUCUAUAACCUUGGUUGUUGUCUAGCCAGUUUAGUUGCAUGUGGUGGAUUAACUUAUGCUGUGUAUCUUAGAGGUGAUAUCUAUGAAAGAAAGCCAAUACCAUUUUUAAAACCAUUCUUUCUGUUAUAUUGGGCCACAAAACAAAUUGAGUUAUUAGAUACUGUAUUUAUGGUGCUAAGACAUAAACGUCGCCAAAUUUCAUUCCUUCAUGUUUACCAUCAUGCUAGUAUGUUAUUAUUAAGUGAAAUUGGUUAUAAUAGUUAUGUGUGGUCCUCCAUUGCCACAAUUUUUGCUAUCAAUUCAUUUGUUCAUGUAGUACUUUAUCUUUAUUAUGGUUUAACUGCCCUCUUCCCAAAUAACCCACCGAAAUGGAAGAAGUUAGUGACCCAAAUACAAAUUGCUCAGUUUUUGAUAGGUUUUGUUAUUGCUGUUUAUGGUUAUAUAAAUGGUUUUUAUUGUAUUUAUAGUAUAUUUUAUAAUUCCACCAUGUUUGUUUUAUUUUCUAAUUUUUAUUAUCAAGCUUAUGGCAGCAAAUCAUCAAAGUUGAAAUUAAAGUGA